AUGAUGAAGCGCCUGGCGAAAAUUCACUGGAGCGGAGACUACAACGAGUACAUCGAUCGAUUUGCUGAAGUAGCCACUCAAGGAGAAAUCAUAGAGGAUGAAGAACUGGUGUUGUGGUUCUUUACGUGCUUGCCAAUGGAAAUAGGCGAAAAACUGACUCAUGAUGGAACCAAGAAAUUCCAAUGUUGGGAAGAGGCAGCUGCAGCCCUAAGAGCCUGGGCCGAGCCACUCCAGGCAUGGCGUGCGAGGAGGCUGCGCACCCUACGGGAAUUGGAAAGCCUCCCGAAGCGACGAUUGGGGUCCGUCAGAAGUACUAAUACCUCAACGCGGUCCAUCCCGAAGGGGAAGGGAAGUAUCAGAGACGAGAGCGAUGGCAUUCGUUGUUACGAAUGCACUGGAAAGGGGCAUUUCGGAAGGAACUGCCCCCUGCGCAACGGAUUGCCGAGACGUAGAGGAAAAAUCUGCUCGAAAUGUGGAGGGAAGGAUCAUUACGCUAGAGAUUGCUCCACGAUCCAACGAACUCCGCCUGAGUGGCAGGACGGAUGGAGUUCGACGUGUGCACUUACAGACGUUGACUAG